AUGGGCACCAGAUCAUAUGGACGCAAACGUGAAUGCGAGACUCAAUCUCUCACGGAAAGUGUGACAGAUUACCCCGUAGAGAAUGGACGACGAUAUCACAGCUAUCAUGAAGGAGCUUACCCGUACCCAAAUGAUGAACAAGAGCUCGAUCGCCUUGACCUGCAACAUCACAUGUUUAAACUGGUCAUGGACGGGAGAUUGUACAAUGCCCCCCUCGAAAAUCCGAAACAGAUCUUGGACGUCGGAACAGGCUCAGGCAUCUGGCCCAUAGAAAUGGCACAACUAUUCCCAGAAGCUUCCAUUACCGGGACGGAUCUCUCUCCAGUCCAACCAACAGAGGUACCGGAGAACGUUCACUUUCUUGUCGAUGACGCAGCGGAAGAGGAAUGGCUUUGGGAAGCAGACUAUUUCGAUUUCAUACACGUGGCACACAUGACCGGGGCAAUGGCAUCCUUCAAGGACCUGUUGCGCCAAUCAUUCAAGCAUCUCAAACCCGGAUCCUAUAUCGAGUGUCAUGAGUUGGAUCCAAAACCGAAAUGCGAUGAUGGGACCAUGCCGCCCGAGAAUCCUGACGGGUUCAGCUCGUACGCAUUUCAUGACUGGUACGACCUGAAUAUGAGAGCGAGCCAAGAAAUCGAACCAACACGGCAAUUCCGAAUUGCGCCUCGGAUCGAGCGAUGGAUGAAAGAAGUGGGAUUUGUAGACGUGAAACAACAAGUCUUCAAAAUCCCCGUCAACACAUGGCCCACCGAUAAACGCCUAAAGCACAUCGGACAAUGGAGUGAGACGAAUUGGCUGGAAGCGCUGGCUGGUUGGUCAUAUAAGCCCUUCCUUGCUCUCGGCUGGUCCAAAAGUGAGAUUGAGGUUUUUCUCGUGGAUGUGAGAAAAAGUAUUCAGGAUCGGAAUGUGCACGCGUACAUGGACUUCUUUGUGGUGACCGGUAGGAAACCGUGGACUUCAAUGGGCGCAAGGAGGGAACAGCCUUGA